GGCACGAUGCUUUGUGGUCCCUGCCGCCUCCUCAGGGCCUCCGUAGCGCCCACCGCGGCCCUGGCUGCGGCGCUGCUUUCGUCGCUCGCUCGCUGCUCUCUCCAGGAGCCGAAGGACCAGGUGGCUUCGGCGCUCAGCCCCUACUUCGGCACCAAGACUCGCUACGAAGAUGUCAACCCCGGACUACUGUCGGACCCCGAGGCGCCGCAGCGGGACCCAGAGCUGCUGGAGGGGAGCUGCACCCCGGUGCAGCUGGUGGCCCUCAUCCGCCAUGGUACCCGCUACCCCACGGCCAAGCAGAUCCGCAAGCUGAGGCAGCUGCACGGGAUGCUGCAGGCCCGCGGGCCGGGGGAUGAUAGGCCGGGCAAUGCCAGCGAUCGCGGCCUGGGCGCCGCGCUGGCUGACUGGCCGCUGUGGUACGCGGACUGGAUGGAUGGGCAGUUGGUGGAGAAAGGGCGGCAGGACAUGCGACAGCUGGCGCUGCGACUGGCCUCCCUCUUCCCAGCUCUCUUCAGCCGGGAGAACUACAGCCGCCUGCGACUGAUCACCAGCUCCAAGCACCGCUGCGUGGACAGCGGCGCCGCCUUCUUGCGGGGGCUGUGGGAGCACUACCAUCCUGGGUUGUCACCGCCCGACGUCUCAGAUAUGGAGUGUGGACCUCCAAGCAUAAAUGACAAACUAAUGAGGUUCUUUGAUCAUUGUAAGAAGUUCUUAACUGAAGUGGAAAGGAAUGCUACAGCUCUUUAUCAUGUAGAAGCCUUCAAAACUGGACCAGAAAUGCAGAGCAUUUUAAAAAAAGUUGCAGCUGUUUUGCAAGUGCCGGUAAACAAUUUAAAUGCAGAUUUAAUUCAGGUAGCUUUUUUCACCUGUUCAUUUGACCUGGCAAUUAGAGGUGUCAAAUCUCCUUGGUGUGAUGUUUUUGACAUAGAUGAUGCAAAGGUAUUAGAAUAUCUAAAUGAUCUGAAACAAUAUUGGAAAAGAGGAUAUGGAUAUACCAUUAAUAGUCGAUCCAGCUGCACCCUCUUUCAGGAUAUCUUUCAGCACCUGGACAAAGCAGUUGAAGAGAAGCAAAGUACUAGACACCAAACCCAGAAUCUUGAGCAUACUAAGUCUCAGCCAGUUUCUUCUCCAAUCGUCCUUCAGUUUGGUCAUGCAGAGACCCUUCUUCCACUACUUUCUCUCAUGGGCUACUUCAAAGACAAGGAGCCCCUAACAGCUUAUAAUUACAAGGAACAAAUUCAUCGAAAGUUCCGAAGUGGUCAUAUUGUACCUUAUGCCUCCAACCUAAUAUUUGUGCUUUACCAUUGUGAAAAUGCCAAGACUCCUCAGGAAGAAUUUCAAGUGCAGAUAUUAUUGAAUGAAAAGGUGUUGCCCUUGGCUCACUCACAAGAAACUGUUUCUUUGUAUGAGGAUCUGAAGAACCACUACAAAGACAUCCUCCAGAGUUGUCAAACCAGCGAAGAAUGUGAAUUACCAAAGGUGAACAGCACAUCUGACGAGCUAUGAGUAAUUGAAGAACGUUUUUAGUUCAUCAGUGCUUCCCCAUAGGGAGUGAUUACAUGUUUAUAAUAAGUAGACAAUAUCUUGAUUACAGAAGCUUUCAUAUUACUUGGCUAUUUCUGUCUUUUCACAGAAAAACUAAGUUUUUGGGGGAGGGUCUGGACCUGAUACAUAGAUAAGAAAUGAUUUUCACUGGAGCAGCUCUCUUAAGGAAAUAAAAAAAUCUUUUCAGAGAGACAA